GAAAACAAUAAGUACAUAUUUGCUCCAGUUUGGUUUGGCUAGCCAUAUCCUCUUUAUUUAUCGUUACCGACGACAACCACCGGAUAUAUACGCUCGUUCGCCAGCGGCACACAGCGCACGCCAUUAAUUUUGAGGUGAAACGUUAGAAAUUUAUCAUCAGUCGACUGGCACAAAUGACGGAGGAUAGCUUCCCCAGGGGUUCGUCCUCUGAAUCGGCUUCGUCAACUGAUCCUUCAAUUUCCAAACAGAGGAAAAAAAGGAAGUGGGAUCAGCCUGAAGAGUCAUUGGUUUCAGCUGGAGUAUGCCAGCCUCCUAUUCUUCCUUUCACAAACAUUGGAUCUUUUGUUGGUAUGGCACUACCCAGCAUAGGCGCAACAUGUGGCACUCUUUUAGCCACUCCCCUCACAGCCAAUGGUGCAUCUGUAGUGCAGCAACACACGACAAAAAUCCAGGACGAGGUGAUUGCAAGAGAGAUUGUCAUAAAUGAUGCUGACUCUGCUGUUCGAUACAAACUCACAAAGCGCCAAACCCAAGAAGAGAUUCAGAAGAGUACAGGUGCAGUGGUAAUAACUAGGGGCAAGUACAUGAUUCCUAGUGCACAACCUGAUGGUGCAAAACCUCUAUAUCUUCAUAUUUCUGCUGGAGCACAUUUAGAAACAACAGUGGAGAGGAUCAAAGCAGUUGACCAUGCAGCGUCACUUGUGGAGGAAAUAUUGAAAGAGGGUUCAUCAAACAAUGGGUUGAAGCAGGCUAAUCCCUCCAUGAGUACCUGUGUCUAUGUGGGCUUUGAGGUUGAUGCAUCCUUGAACAUUUCUGCUCGUAUUCGAGGACCAAAUGACCAGUAUAUAAAUCACAUUAUGAAUGAAACAGGAGCAACUGUUGUGCUAAGAGGUCAAGGUUCAGAGGGUUCUGGAACUGUACAUGGUGAAGAUGGACAUCAACCGCUGCAUUUGUUCCUAUCGAGCAAUAAUUCAAAAAGUCUUGAGCGUGCAAAACUUUUGGCAGAAAAUUUGCUGGAUACUAUAUCUGCGGAGUUUGGUGCUUCUAGGGUGUCUUCUUGUAAAGUGUAUGGAGCUGUUCCUCCCCCACCGCAGCUAUUAGCUGGAAGUAAUAGUUUGGGAGAUGAGUUGAAAGUAAAUAAUUCUCAAGAUGCUAAUUUAAGUUCUGCAAGUGUGGGUGUGUCUGUACCAGCUGUUCCUUCUGUGGCUCCGGGUAUGGACAUGAAUGUUUCUCAAGGAAUUGUACCCCAGUCUUUAGGCUCAUUCAUUAUGCUGCCAUCUCAAUCAAACACAAAUUACUACCCCCAUACGCCAAUCUUGAGUGGAACGAGCUAUAUGGGUUACGGUGGGAUUUAUCCCCAAGUCACACCCUUACAACAAGUUGCCUUAGCCCUUAGACAGUCGAUCUCUAAAACAGCUGCAGGCUCCCCAGAAUCAACAACUAGCACCAGACCCCUGACUACUACGACAUCCUUUAUUCAGAAGGAGCGCCCCCCACAUAAACGCAAAUUCAGAGAGUUACCAACUAAUAUAAUGGUCGCAUCAAAUCUUAAUCAGGGUUUUAUGAACUGGGAGCUGCAUGGAAUUGCUGCAUGUUAUCUCAAUAAUCUAGGAAGUGCUGGCUCCAAAGGCUCAGGAUCUAACUGGUGUUAGAGAUAAUACUACUAUUCCUGGCACAAAGGUGUGCCAACCACCUUCUAAUUUAAUGCCACCGCCACCUCCUCCUCCCAAGAUGAUGCCAAUGACUCCUCCACCACUACCGACGUUUAAUUCUCCAACCUCUAAAGUGCACGGGAUAAACAAUACGCCUCAAAGGCCAUCCUCAGAAAAUAUUCCUGAUACUCUAGUGAAGCUAAUGGAAUAUGGGGAUGAUGAUGAAGAUGAUGACAUUGAGGAUGGUGUUGCUGGGGAGAGAUUGCAGGGGAAAUCAAUUGUACCAGAGGGUCCAAAACCAUUCUGGGCUGUUUAAAGAUGCUAAUUCGUCCCGUGGAACUCUCUGCUCUCUAAUUGAUGGUUAAUGAAUCAUUUAUUAGGGUGACAUUUCAAUGUAUUGACCCACCCGGAUAGCAAUGGCAUGAUUUCAUCUUAGAGAGAGGGGGGUUGACCCCCAAACAUGGCGGGAGGUGAAGAGGUUGCCUUACUUAGGGAGGACUGUUAUCAUGCUUUUUCCAGGAGGGUCACCCUACUGCUUGGAGUUGGAGGCAACUCAGUAAUACUGCAAAUUUAUUGCUUAAUUGUGCUGGUAGUACUUGAAGACUACUCCUUCAAUGUUUUGCAUGGGUUAUAAAACUGGACAUGCAAACGGUUGUACAGUGUUUGAUGGCCUAGUGAUUUGGUUGAAUUACAAGCAUUAAUAUUUUUUCAGCGCAGUAUUUAAUCCCUCUACUCUAAUUGUGUUCAAAUUAGUCGGACAUCUACUAUAAUUUGGUACGAUCAAGGACAAUUAUUUACGCCAUAAUGAUAUUGGGGGUGUUAGGCAAUGGUUGUUGGCUAGUGCUAGCUGUUGGCUGUUUUAAUUAGUUGAUUGUUGACAAUUUUGUUGAAUGUUUUGAUUAGCUACCAGUUUGUAAAUUGAUGUUUGGUUAAAUGAUUCUUUACAAUCAGCUGAUAAAUCCUUAACUUUUAAGGACAUCAAUUAUUUUUUUGAUAAUGUUAUUGGUCAAUUAUUUAAAUCA